UUUCCCCUCCCCGGCCCUCUUCGAACCCUCUCGCCUGUCGCAUUUCCCAUUUCCCAUUUCCCCUCCCCAGCCCUCCAUCUGAUUUUGCCCAAAUCCAUCACUCUGGUGACCGAACUCGCUGCGAUACCAUCGUGAGUGAAGGCAACGACAGGAUCGGCGUCGUUAAUUUGGGGAAGGCAACGGCGAGAUCGCCAUAGUGAUACAACGUUCUCCUCCUUCCGCUCCUUCCGCUCCUUCCGCUCCGCUUCUACUCGAAACAAUUGAGGAAGCCAGUACUUGUCUAUUGGUAUGGCAACCUACGCAGGAAGAGUCCCCUCUAAUGGAUGUGUAUAUGUCUGUAAAUUGCCACCUGGAACUGAUGAGAAUAUGUUGGCUGAAUAUUUUGGCACCAUAGGGUUGCUAAAGAAGGACAAGAGGAGUGGCCGACCAAAGAUUUGGUUGUAUCGAGACAAAGCUACCGAUGAACCAAAGGGUGACGCGACGGUUACAUAUGAAGAUCCCCAUGCAGCUUUGGCUGCUGUGGAGUGGUUUAAUAACAAAGAUUUUCAUGGAAGCAUUAUUGAGGUUUAUAUAGCAGAGUCAAAGACGAAAGAAUCUGUGGAACAAUUUAAUCUUGUUGGAGGUCCAAAUAUAUCUGGUGAUUUAGUAGGCCAAGACGAAAUAGAUGGUUCUGGAGGUAGAGGCAGAGGGCAUGUUGAUGCUUUAGGGAAAUCAUGGCAGCAAGAUGGAGAUUGGUUAUGCCCAAAUACAAGUUGUUCCAAUGUAAAUUUUGCCUUCCGUGGUGUAUGCAAUCGGUGUGGGACUGCUCGUCCUGCUGGUGCUAGUGGAGUAGGAGCUGGGCGUGGCGGGCAAGGAAGAGGUCGUGGUAGCAAUGAGACUGGCGGGCGUGGUCGAGCAGUAGCUGGCCCUACUACUGGACUAUUUGGUCCUAAUGAUUGGCCAUGCCCAAUGUGUGGAAAUAUCAACUGGGCAAAGCGUUUGAAGUGUAAUAUCUGUAACACCAAUAAACCAGGUCACAAUGAAGGUGGUGUCAGAGGGGGUCGAGGUGGUGGUUAUAAAGAACUAGAUGAAGAGGAAAUAGAGGAAACAAAAAGACGCCGUAAAGAAGCUGAGGAUGAUGGAGAGAUGUAUGAUGAAUUUGGAAACCUCAAAAAGAAAUACCGUGCAAAAGCCCAGCAGGCUGAAGCUGCUCAAACCCUUCCAGGUUCUGGUCGUGCUGGAUGGGAGGUUGAUGAAUUAGAAAGAAAUGGGCGAGAGAAAAGCAAGUACAGAGCAAGCGAUCAUAGUGACACAGAGAUGAGCAGGAAAAGAGAGAAACGAGGGCAGGGGUAUGACAGAGAGAGGCACAGAAGCAGGAGCAGAGAAAGAAACAAGGAUUAUGAGAAGGAGAGAAACAGGGAUCGAGAUUACGAAUAUGAGAGAAGCCGGGAUUAUGGCAGAGAUCGUGAUCGUGAUCGCCAUCGUGAUUGGUAGUAAAUGACUUUUUGCUUUCCUUCCAGGUUUUUAUGUGACCAUAUAAUUUUUGCCAGGUUUCAAGUUUUGUACUGUUAACUGCUUUGCCUGGACACUGCUUGGUUCUCUAUGAGCUAGUUUAUUCUAUCUGAUGACCUUUAUGUUUCUGUUAGGAAAUGAUCGUUAUUAAGAGAAAAAAAAAAAAGGUGUGUAUGAGGAUAAAGGAAUGUUGUUGGUGAAGAUUGCAUGCUCCGUGUGGGGCAGCUUCUUUGGUGCUGUAAAACUAUGCAUGAGGUGUAUUUGUCUUUUUAAAUAUAGUACUG